AUGAGUUACCAGCCUAAAAAAGUUGGAGUGUUAACUUUAAUUAAGUCAAAUUUUCUCAAUCAAGCUGAUGAUUUGACCAACUUAGCGAAUAAAGUUAUCCUGAUAUUUGGAGUCUUUGGCGCACUGAGACCGCAUGAAAUUAGUAUUAUUAAUGUCCAGAAUGUUAAGGAUACUGGGAAUCAAUUUACAGUCACAAUUAAUGAUAGCAAAAAUUGCUUCCUUCGUAAUUUUACUAUCGAUCAAGAAUAUUACGGUAUCAUUCACAAGUAUAUUUCUUUGCGGCCAAAAGACUUUGAUGACCAACAUUUUUUUGUGACUUAUAAUAUGGGCCAAUGUAAGUCCCAAGUUAUUGGAAAAAGAAAAAUCGCUGAAGUGCCGAAGAUAGUUGCUGAGUUUUUGCAGCUAGAACUUCCAGAAACCUACAGUGAUGAAGAAAAAGUCAGUAAAAACUUUGAAAAUGAGGCACAAUUAAUAGUAGAAACUGACACCUUACCUAAAAAGUCCGCUGAAAGAUAUUUGCUUGUUUACAAUACUUACCAAAACUGGAAACAAGACAAUAUCAAUUCUUUAUCAAAUUCUGAGGAGAGUAAUCUUAUUGUAUAUUUCAAGAGAUUAAGUGAAAGAUUAAGUCCAUCUACUCUGUGGAGUGUCUUUUCUAUGCUAAAAUCAACCUUAAGAGCUAAAGACAACAUUAGUAUUCAAAAAUUUCAUAAAUUAAUAGGUUUAAUUAAAAAUAAUGCCAAAGGUUAUAAGCUCAAAAAAUCUGCCGUCCUAACAUGGGAUGAGGUUAUGAAAUUUUUGAAUAAUUCACCGGAUUACGAUUAUUUAGUUCAUAAGGUUGUGUUAAUCUUCGGUAUUUGUGGGGCUACCAGGUGUGAUGAACUUAAAGAACUUCAAGUUGCGGACGUCGAAGACCUUGGCAGGAAAUACUUGGUUUCUAUAAAUGAUUCCAAAAACGGUCUGCCUCGUAAAUUUGUUAUUGGAAAUCUUUUUUAUGAAAGAGUAAAAAAAUAUAUCGCAUCAAAGCCUUCUGAUUUUAAAACAGAAAGAUUUUUUAUUCAAUAUCAUAAGGGCAAAUGUUACCGACAAGUCGUAGACCGAAAUAAAAUUGGCCAAAUUCCUAAAACUAUUGCUGAAUACUUGGAAUUGACUAAUCCACACCGUUACACUGGAUACUUUUCAUUUUAA